UUUAGAUAAUUCUAGGAAAAUAUAUUGUCUAUAUUUUAAGUGUAGAAUGGUUAAAACAACAACAACAUCAUCAUCAUCAUCAUCAUCAUCAUCAGUAGCAGCUGCUGCUGCUGCAUCUUGUGACAAUUGUAAAAAAUGCUCAGAAAUAAAGAGUAUUAAAAACAAAAUGUUAAUUAUGAGAUUGGGAAAUCUUUGUUUACUUGAUAUUUCAAAGGUAUUAAAGGAGCCGUCUAUAAUUGUGUUAAAAGAAGGAAAAUAUCAAUGGUUUUUAGAUAAUUCUUUAUAUUCGAAAAAUAGAGUUUAUUGGUGCAAAAUGAAGGAAUUGACACCGGUUUUAUUGAAUAAACGAAGUAAUUAUAUUUAUGAUAUUUCUCAGAAUAUUGUAUGUCCGGAACAUAAAAGACUUCGUCUAGAUCCAGAUGUUUUUUCUUGUGAAUUUUCUCAAAUCUCUAAUCUCUAUAUAUUGAAGGAAUAUGAAAAUUCUCAUUCAUGGUUAUUAACUGAGUCAUCUUUACCAUACAGAUUAAAUAAAAGGAAUUGUGUGAUGGAUUCGAAGUUUAUUCCAAUAUUAUUGAAGGAUUCAUUGGAAAUGGGACAUUAUGAUUCUGUUUCUUUGAAAAUUCCUAUAUUUUUUUGUGCGUAUGAUUAUUCUAUGUUUAAUUCAUAUAUUAGUCCUCCUGUUACUCAAACUAUUCUGCUAAAACUUGAAUUUCAUGAGAUUUUUAGAAAUGUUCAGCUUCGUCAUGAUAUUGUUCAUGAGCCAGAUCUUCAAUUUCGGCCUAAUCUUGAUGGUGAAGAUGGUAAAAGAAAACGUUUUCUUGCAGGUAGAUAUUGGGAAAGUUUGCGCAAAGAAAUUGAACAGGUGCGUUUAUUUCAGAUGAAACAGAUGAAUGGUUUAAAUAUUGGUCAUAAAUAUCCUUCUAUUACUAGGAUUUUUGUUUUAUUUGUUGAAUUGGAAGAUAUUUUACUUAAUCUUUUACCAUCUUCUAGUAGAGAUUAUAUUAUUGAGAUCUUGGAUCCAGAUCUUAUAGUUCAGGAACUUGUUCAUAAUUUAUUUGAUGUUGAAAAAUUUAUUGAACAUCUUGCUUAUAUUUUGAAGCAGCAUUGUGCUCCUGUAAGGGAUGUAUUGCUAGAUAAAAUGGUUCAAAAAGUUAAAUUAGGAUUUAAAAUUAAUGAUCUUUUAAAGUUUGUUGAUGGACUUAGAAUGGGCUUUGAUAUUCUUGAAAUGAUGAAACUUGAUGUUGCUAAUCAUCAACUUCGAACAUUAAGAUAUUAUUUUUUGGAAACAGCUGUGGAAUUUGAACAAAAAUGGUUUAUUGAUAGAAUUAAUUGGGGUAGUAUUGAUAUUGAUGACGCUUUGUCUUGGUAUUGUCAUUUUCAUGAUUCUCUUAUAACAUCCAACUUAAAGGAUUUUGAUUACCGAAAAGCAUUUGUUAAUGGUAUUAUGGCAUCUAUUGCAUAUAUUUCGUUGUUUGAUUUCCCUUCGACAUUUGUAUUUGAUAGGCAUCGUCUUAUGUCACUUCGUUAUCAUAUUCGUGAUAUUGUUUCUUUUCAAUUAAUUAUUCUUCUUUUUUGGCAGUUUUUUAAGAAGCAAGCUCUUCAAGUUUCAAAAUAUGAUAUAUUAGAGUUUAAACAAGAACUUUGGCUUAUUAUAGAUAGUGAAUAUGGAGAAAAUAAAUGGGUUAACAAUAUUUCAUCUAUUACAAAUCAAAUUGCUAAAUAUGUUAAUAAAGCAAAACUAAUCUAUUCAAACAAUAUUCUAAAUUUAAAGGAAUUUGGAAUUAUAGAAAAUUGGUUAUAUAAACAUCUUUUUCCUAUGUCUUCGUUGUACCGUCUAGUUGAAAGUCGUAUUCUUAAAUCAAUUGGUAAUAAAAUGUUUAAUUCAUUAUGUUUUUCAGGUCCAAACAUAUUAGCGUCUAAUGUUCAACGAGAAUUAUAUAAUAUGCAUGCUGACAUGGUUAUUGAAAAAUUAACUAAAAUUGUUAUGUUUCAUUGGAAAGUAUUUGGAAGAUGGUAUAUUGAAUAUGCAAAAGAUAAAUCUGUAUCUAUAUAAUACAAGCUAGCUUUGAAGCUUUUAUUAAAACUGGAAUGACUUAAAA